AUGGAACAGAAGGAUAUCUAUUAUAAUAAGGCGGAGUAUAUAGAAACCGUGAGUACGAGGGUUUAUCCACUCCACUUUUUGCUAACUUGAAACUUAAACCAAGCCACCUACAACGUGGACGACUGAUGAUUCAUCUCAGAACACUGUAAAUUCGAGAUUGCUCCGAACAAAUCAUGAGAUAAGAACUCUUUUUUUCCUUAAGUUAAACAGGCAGUUUGAAUUUAAGAGAACAAAAUUUUAUUUUAUGAUUUGUUUUUUCUCAAAAUAACAAAUCCACGAAAUCUCGAAUUCAGAGUGGAAUGGACAUUCUCAUAUCAUGAUUCUGUUACCCUUGACAAUCUAGGCAUCAGGAAACAAAGUCAGUCGCCAAUCUGUUCUAUGUGGAAGUCAAAACAUUGUUCUAAAUGGAAAGGUUAGUGUCGAUAACAAUGUUUUUGCGUAUAAUAAUUACGUUGUGUUAACCUGCUUUAAGAUUUCAAUAGAAGGAGCCAGAAUGUUCUUGGUGCAAUAAUAUAGUUCUUUGUUGUUAUUAGCUUCUGUAGAAAUGUGUACUUAGCUUUAUCAAGUUUCUAAUGUGUGAGCUCUAUUAAAGGCCUAUCCCUUAAUAGAGUUUUGUGUAUAUUUACGUAUUAUUUUCUCUUGGUAUCUUUUAGUUCUAUUAUCUUUUGAUCAUCUUCCAGUCAAAGGCCAUUGUGUAAGACAGUCUUCUUAACCCUUUAAGUCCCAGCAGUGACAAAGAUCAAUUUUCUCCUGACAAUAUCCAUACACUGUCAAGAGAUAAGUUAUGAGAAUUAAUAAAAUGAUCACCAAGGAGAAAAUACCUUGAUCUAUUAUCAAAUUCUCACAACUAAUUCUUAAAGGAAAUGUAUAGAGAUCAGUUUAGAGAAUUUGUUUGUGGAUCCCGGGGCUUAAAGGGUUAAUUAUUGCAAUUUCAGACCAUCAUUCAGUCAGAUUGUAUCCUCCGUGGUGACCUUGCAAAUGUCAGAAUAGGACGCCAGUGUGUGAUUAGCAAAAGAAGCGUCAUUAGGCCUCCAUUCAAGAAAUUCAGCAAAGGGUUUGUAGAUGGUGUCAAUAAAUAUGUUUCAAUAAUUUCAGUGUACCCUUUACCUCCAACAUUAUCUGCCUCUGGUCAAGACAAUUCAAUUUGAAAAGACAAAUGGUAGCAUACAAAAGUGCUGUCAAAGUCGUUCGCUAAAAUAGUCACAAAAGAUUAUUUUCUGAACAGAUCAUAGGUCAAAAAUUAGAAACAUAUAGCAUGUACCCACAAGUGACUUUUGAAGUUGUCCCAAAAGUAGAACUAGACCGUACUUAAAGGUUGUAUCAAUUUAUAAAGAUAGAGAGGUACACAUGUACACCUACAUCAUGCAGCAAUAAGUAACUUGUAAUAACAAAGACAUAGUAGCUGCCUGAAAGUCAUAACUCAAAAAAUAUGAUAUUUAUCAUUGUUAAUGAUGUUGGUUUUAGGGUUGCGUUCUUUCCUCUUCAUAUUGGAGAUCAUGUAAUUAUUGAAGAGGACUGUGUUGUAAAUGCAGCACAAGUGGGAUCUUAUGUCCACAUCGGAAAAAACUGUGUGAUUGUAAGUACAGCUGCAGUACUUUAAAGCAUCAUUAUCAUCAUCAUUAUUAUUACUAUUAUCAUCUUUAUCAUCAUCAUCAGUGAAACAAUAAUCAGUGUCACAAUCAUUAUCUUCAUCCACAGCUGUAUUAUUACACAUGUACCAUCUUCUUCAUCAUCAUCAUCACUAACCUCUCUACCCCCAGUAUCAUUACCACCACCAUCAUCAUCAUCAUUAGGGAGCUUAAGCAAUGACGACGGUGACGUCAAAGAGAACGGCAAUAAUGCAAUAGAUUUAGAUUGGCAAAACAACAACUUUGCACGUGCAUCACGCUUUUUUUUACAUUUCUUUGCCGUCAUUGGACGACUACAACGUGAAAGUGCCUAAUUUCACAUUUUGUCGAGGAUGGGAACAGGAAGCAACAACUUUCCUUUUCUGUUCCUAAACUUUGACUCAUUCCUUUAGAAUUCAACUCCAAAAAAAUUUGCCAACAUUUGACAAAUUAAACGAGAUGGAGUAAGCGCGGUAAAGUUUGCAGCAGCGCAAAUUCACUUUUUAAGUGACGUUUUCGUGGCCGUUGCCAUCGUCAUUGUUUAAGCUCCCUAUUAUCAUCACUAUUACCUUUAUGACCACCUGCAGUGCCAUCAUCCGCAUCUUAACCAUCAUCAUCAUCACUGUCUCUUUCACCAGUAUCGUUACCAUCAUCAUCAAUACUAUCAUCAUCAUCAUCACCUUCUUUAUCACCAGUAUCAUUACCAUCGUCAACAUCACUAUCAUCAUCAUCAUCACCAUCUCUAUCUUCGCUAUCAUUAUCAUCAUCACUAUGAUCACAACUAUGACUAUAGUAUUCUUCUUUUUUUCUGUUUACAUUUAUUUAAUGGCAAUUAAUUCUGGGCCAAACCUUUAAAUUCCAUUGACGUCAUUUACAGAUGCCUUGCUUGGUGACUUGCAUCCAAAAAUUAAAUUUGUUAUUCAUGCACUGAGCAUUUAGGCUUAGAUUACGAAGUAAAUGAAUCAGAGACCCUGUUUAAACUAUGUAACAUGUUCGUCCAACUUCAUCCAAUAUCACUGGAUGGUGUUGGGUACCCAGAAGUUUCAACAUCAUCCAAUGCCCCCCAGCAAGGCAUGCGAGUGCAUUCAGUAUACAUUGUAUGUUGCAGUUAGAUACACUGACUGAAAGUUGAACCAACAUGUCAAUCCAUUUCAACAAGGCCUUCCUGUGAUCCACUUCUGUUCUUGUUGAAAGGGUCGGCGGAGUGUGCUAAAGGACUGUUGUGCCAUAGCAGAUAAUACUGUACUACCUCCUGAAACUGUUGUUCCACCUUUUACACUUUAUUCAGGGUCUCCUGGUAAGUGCUCUUAUUCUUAGGUAACAAUUAUAUGACUAAUGCAAACUUUAUCCUCCUUUUUACCUUAUAGCCAUCAUAAAGUGGUAGUAUACAUAUGGUUUUGUAUAUGCUACAAACUAACCAAAAUAGACAAGCUUUUUUGCUAUGUAAUGGAUAGGCUUUCUAAAAAAUUGUGAAUAUACAUUAAUGUAUGUUGAAGAAUUUUCCUUUCUCUUUCUGAACUUGGUGAGGUCCUAAGAUAUUUGCUCAAUAAAUUCCCUAAUACCUUGCAAAUUAAGUGCUUUGGAAUAGUCUAAUAUCAUGGCUGUCACUCAAAAUUUCAAGUUGCCAUGUAUAUGCACUUAGUAGGCAGGGAUUUGGACAGCUAGGGAGGUUCUUUUUGUUCUAUUAUAAUCAUAGUUUCAUAAAUGCACCUAAACUCUUUAAUGGCAGACCAACAUAAAUUUGUUGCCAAUCUUAAUUAAAUAUUCAGCACUUUAUUGCAGGUGUAUUCAGUGCAGAAUUACCUGAGUGUAUGCAAGAAUUAAUGACAGAGAAGACCAAGGACUAUUAUCAACAUUUUAUUCCCAUCACAGAGGACAAAUGA